GCGCUGAACCUCCGACACUUCACCAAACACUCAAAUACUCAAGAGACACCCCCGAAAACACAUUCUUCUGUCUUACUGCCACCUCGAGACAGCCGCAACUGGAUACGCGCAGCUGACCAAAAGUACGAGCACUUGUCUCCCCGCACGCACACACGACUUGCCCGCUCGAGCCCACCACCCGCACCACAUCCGCAACCACACACCAUGGGGCUCUUCAAGAAGAAGAACAAGGAAGCCGACGCAGCAGCCAACCCCUACGCUGCGCCCGCUAAGAACGACCUGUAUGCGAGUGCACCGCCUCCAGCCUACCAGGGAGGCAACGACUCGUUCCGUCAAGAGAAAACUCCCGCUGUGACGGGCCAGGGCGCACAAUUCGGAGGCCGUGGCUACCAGAGCACUGGUAGCUACGGUGCCUCUGGCGGCUACGGCGGCAACCAGUACGGUGGAGGUGCCGAUCAGGGUGCUCCUCGCCGGACUGGCGGUUAUGGUGGCCUGGGCAACUCGGACCCAAACCUCGACGAAGACCGCUCUGCCCUGUUUGGAGGUGCAGCCCAGAGACAACCGAAGGCACCGCAGCAGCAGCCACCCCAGUCGGAUGGCGGCUAUGGACAGCCAGGAGGCAGCUCCUACAGCCAGUCGGGCGUUUCUGGUGGUGGAUACGGAGCACCGGGAGGCUAUGGUAGCGGCCCAGCAUAUGAGGAUCGCCAAUUGACUGCAGAGGAGCAAGAAGAAGAGGACAUCAUGGCCACCAAGAACGAAAUCAAGUUCAUGAAGCAGCAGGAUGUAUCGAGCACGCGCAACGCGCUGAGGCUCGCCCAACAGGCCGAAGAGACUGGUCGCGAUACUCUUGCCCGCCUCGGAGCACAAGGAGAGAGGAUCCACAACACGGAACGCAACUUGGACCUCGCAUCCUCGCAGAACCGGAUUGCAGAGGAGAAGGCACGUGAGCUCAAGACGCUUAACCGCAGCAUGUUCGCGGUGCACGUGUCCAACCCGUUCACCAGCAAUUCACGCCGCGAAGAGCGGGACCGCAAGAUCAUGGAAAACCACCAGACGGAGCGGGCCCAGAGGGAUGCCACUCGUGCGGCCGCAUGGCAGAGUUCGGCUAGGCAAGACGAGUACAAGAGAGGCGUGCAGGGCGCCGCAAACACGGGUGGCAAAUCGACGCUAGCCGACCGCGCAAAGUAUCAGUUCGAGGCUGACAGUGAGGAUGACGAGAUGGAAAACGAGAUCGACAACAACUUGGACCAGCUCCAUGGAGCGGCGAAGCGGUUGAAUGCUCUUGGUAGAGCCAUGGGGCAAGAGGUUGACACUCAGAACAAACACAUCGAUCGCAUCACGCAAAAGACGGACAAGGUGGACGACCAGAUCGCCAUGAACAGGGCGCGUUUGGACCGCAUCCGCUAGAAGGCGUGAGCAGCACGAUCACCAUCUCGGCAGAAAGGCUGGAGUGUUGGACGAAAGGUUUGGUUGUUGCAAUGUUGAUACAUUUGGUCUGGCGUUAGAUGGAAUCCACAUGCACCACGAUGCUCGUGGAUUGGCGUACCUGGAGUCCUUCGUAUGCAAAUCGAUUGCUCUGGCACAUGAGCAGACG